AUGGCAGUGUCUGCAGGUUCAGAGCCAACAUGGAGGCUUCUGUACGGCGAAGAGCCGGUCUGGGCGCAGCUGAAGCAGCGGCUGCAGGGGACGUACGGCCCUGUGGAUAUUGAAGUGUACGUACGUGGAGGAUAUAAUGACGGAUAUGCAUGGGUGGCGUUUAAACAGGAGGAGGCUGUGCGGAAAGCGGUUGCUCUCAGUGAAGAGUUCAAGGCAGGCAAGCCUGAAGCAGCAGCACCGGCAGAACCACCAGCAGAGGAAUCCGAAGAAGCAGCAGCAGCAGAGCCAGCAGCAGCAGAGACAGAAGGAGAGCCAGCAGCAGCAGCAGCGCCAGAAGAAGCAGCAGCAGAACCUGGAACAGCAGCAACACCGGGUGUUCAGGACAAGCCAAGCAAACCCCAGCAGCAGCAGACUGCUCCGCAACAACAGCCUCGAGGUACAGCCUCGCCAGCAGUGGGCAGCAGCAACAGCAGCAAAAAUGAGAAGAAAGGGAAGCCAGAAUUGCCUAUAGGAAAAACAGGCCCCAAACUACCGGAGGUAACGCAGGGGAAGCAGCGCGGUGGAGGGGAGAGCAGCAUCAGCAAGAAGCAGGAUGGGGGGAAAGUGGAUAGUUGA